ACACACACACACAAAAACUCUACAUUUGAUAUAUGUUAGUGGAAUCACCCGUGAUCUCUCACUCCAUAUGUCAAUACAUCAUUCUUCUUCAAUAUUACACAACCAACUUUCCAUACAUAUCUCUGUAUAUAUAUAUAUAAACUCAUCCCCAAGUUGCCAAAUCAACAUUGCUUUCUCAAAAUUCCCCUUUCUCUCUCUACCUCUGUUUCUCUCUCUAGAAAUACAAGAAUGCCCUCUUACUACAAACACAUUUUCCAUGUCACAAUUCUUGUCACGCUGCUACUGAUGAAUAAUAGUGGAAGCGUUAGAUGCCGCACGAAAGGCAUGCGGCCGAGGAAGAGCGGUAAUAGUUCAUCCGUGGAUACGACACAAGUCGAGCAAUCGGAGCAGCAAUUCUUGAAAUGGGUCGAUUUCGUCGGCAGCCUAAAGCACUCCCGUUUUAAGACGGCCAAGAAUAAGGUUUUCCCUUCUUACACUCUAACCGUCGACAGAAAUCCGCAGCUCGGAGACUUCACUUCAAUUCAAGACGCAAUCGACUCUCUCCCUCUCGUCAAUCUCGUCAGAGUCGUCAUCAAGAUUCAUGCAGGCGUUUACACAGAAAAGGUAACAAUACCAACAAUGAAAUCAUUUAUAACAAUAGAAGGUGCAAGCGCAGAAAAAACCGUUGUUCAAUUUGGUGAUACGGCCCAAACAAUUGGGCCGAAAGGCAUUCCCCUCGGCACAUAUGGCUCCGCCACUUUCGCAGUCAACUCUCCAUAUUUCAUUGCCAGAAACAUUACAUUUAAGAAUACGACACCGGUGCCGCCACCUGGAGCUGUCGGGAAGCAAGCGGUGGCAUUCCGAAUAUCGGCCGACACGGCGGCAUUUGUGGGUUGUAAAUUUUUGGGCGCACAAGACACGCUCUAUGAUCACUUGGGUAGGCAUUACUACAAAGAUUGCUAUAUUGAAGGAUCUGUCGACUUCAUCUUCGGGAAUGGUCUCUCUUUGUUUGAGAAUUGUCAAGUGCAUGCAAUAGCACCAAUAAUAGGUGCGGUAACAGCACAAGCGAGAAGCAGCAUAUUAGACGACAGUGGGUUUUCAUUUGUCAACUGUAAGGUAACCGGAUCGGGCGCACUGUACCUAGGGAGGGCGUGGGGCCCUUUCUCAAGGGUGGUCUUCGCCUAUACAUACAUGGACAAUAUCAUCAUUCCCAAGGGCUGGUAUAACUGGGGUGAUCCUUCUCGUGAAAUGACUGUGUUUUAUGGGCAAUACAAGUGCACAGGGGCAGGAGCAAAUUAUGCAGGAAGAGUUUCAUGGUCAAGAGAACUUACUGAUCAAGAGGCUAAGCCUUUUAUUUCACUCACUUUUAUUGAUGGUUCUGAAUGGAUUAAUGUAUGAAUUUAUUAUGAUGUUUAUAUAUAUACAUACAUAC